AAACGCGGCAGACGCGCACCAGUAUCAGUUUGUGCAUUUCCCCAGUUCGAAGUUACGACAACUUGAGCAAUGAAUUUCUCAAUGCAAUUGGCCGUGGUGGUGGCAGCGGCGUGCUUGUGUUUAGCUGACGGGGCUCCAGACGGCCGGCUGGUGAGGACCAAGCAGCAGCGACCUACGCGGGGCUUCAAGAACGUCGAGAUGAUGACCGCCAGGGGCUUCGGGAAACGCGACCGACCCUCCACCAGAACCGAACAUCACGUAGAACACCAUUCGACGUCGGAUCGCACUGGGCGGGGAAUCCCCACAUUUAAGAGUCCCACAGUUGGCAUCGCACGUGACUUCGGGAAAAGAACUUCAGAAAAAGUGGGAGAAGAACAAGUCGAGUUCACGGCACCUGCACGCAGGAAGUUCUAUCCCAAAUCUUCAUUAAUGGUGGCCUCUGACUUUGGAAAGAGGAGCUAUAUCGAUGGCAAUAAUGAUGAAGAAUAUGAAAUUAGAGUGACCAGAGGCGUAUUCAAGCCCAACGGAAAGAUACUAAUCGCGAGAGGUUACGGUAAAAGAAACGAAUUGGAAAAUCAUGGAGUUUAUGGCCUGGAUAACUUCUGGGAAACUCUGGAGGCUUCACCGGAAAGGGAAGGACAAGAGGGUACCGAGGAAAAAGCAGUUGAAAGCAUCCCACUGGACUGGUUCGUAAACGAAAUGCUCAACAACCCUGACUUCGCACGAUCGGUGGUCCGCAAAUUUGUUGAUCUCAAUCAGGACGGCCAACUAUCAUCGGAGGAACUACUCAGGAACGUGGUUUAAAUUUAGUUACGUUACAAUAAUACUCAAGUACCUAUUAUUUUAUUAAUGUAUUAAUAUUAUUUGUAAGUAUUUAGGUGCAUAAUUUAUUCAAUAAUUAUUGUAUGUACAGAUGAGUUAUUAACUUAUUAUAUUUGUAAUGUUACGGUACUGUGAUAUGAAAUAAACAUGAUCCUUAUUUAUUUUAAAUUUAAUUGAGUUUUAUAAUUCUUGUUUCCGCUACUUUCAUUAUACUUAAUGAAUUGUUAAUGAAAGUUAAUUUAAAUAAAUAAAUUGUUAUUCGAAUUAUUAUCAGUGUUGUAAAUAAACGAUGUCAAUGGCAUAAACAUUUUGUCCAUAAAGAGAGAUUACUCUUAAUAUUUAAAAGAUGUAGGUUAAUUUCUUAGAUAUUUCCUUAACUUUUUGCUGCGUUUCUAUCACGCAAUGAAAAAAAAUACAAAGAGUUACUGUUUAAGCUAAUUUCGAAUCAAAAUAAUGUAAGAGGUACAAGACUAAAAUGUAAUUUAAUGUUAGCCACAGUUAAUUAUACUUACAACAAAGUCUAUGGCCUAGUUUGGCGGGAGUUCUAAGACGUCACUAACUCUCUUUUCCUUUUUAUCUUCCCUUCUUUCAUAUACACAAAAUCCUGUGUAUAAAUUAAGUAGUUUCAUAAUUUUAAAUAAAAGUAAUGUAAUUUUAGUUCCAAAUUUAAUUCAAAGUCCAACGGUUUUAACAAUGAAAAUUACUUAUAUUAUUUGAAAAGUACAUAAUAUUUCUUAACAGACCGUGCAAGUCAAAAGUGAAUUCGUUCAGUAAUGUGCGUUGAAGAACUUCCGUAAAUUCUUUUCAUUUGAUAUACUUGUAAUUUCGUCAACGUAUUUGCAGAUUUACCAAUAAUAUUAUUAUAUUUUAAUUCUGCGUAGGUUCAAGUAAAUUUUUCAAUAGUCAAUUCUUAUUUAUGUAUACUUAUACACUACAGUGGUAUCUCGAAAAUGGCUCUAAGAAAUUUAGAUUAAUUUUUAAUUUGUUAAGGUUUUUUGCUUUUAUGUAUUUAUGUAUGUCUUCCCCGGAAAAAUAUAAUUUUUCUGAAUAAAGUUUAUUUAAUUAUAAGCAGGUUUUAUCUGUUGUAUGUUGACAAAAUUACGAUUCUAUGAAGUAUGUUAGACUUAAUCUAAUGUUUAUUAAACAGUUUGUUAAAAAUAAUAAUGUAUGAGAUUAUUUUA